CAAGUCAGGUGGUGGUUCUGUUUAUUGUGACGCUGGCAGCCGCGGAACCUGGUCUCGCUCUUCGCCGAGCCAAUCGGUUGGUGGGUGGACUUGUCACUGCGCGGCUCGAGCCACCUGCGGGGCCUCGGCACCGGCCGGCCGACCGACCGACCCACCCCGUGCUAAUCGAGUUCGGUGUCCCUCGCUCGCACACCGAUUGGCAAACCAGUAACUGCCCGGUCCGGGUGCAGUGCGAGACAUGAAGGACUGCGGAGGAUAGGAGGCACGGGGGAGGAGGCGCCCGGGAGUGGUUUUACCUGCGGCCGUCCGGGGCUCGGGGGGAGAAGGUGCGAGCGGUGGGCCCGGCUCACCGGCACGAUGGCAUGGAUGAAGCAGUUCCUGAAGCCUGGAGGCAACCUGAGGAACAGCUACCAGCCGGGCAGCAUGUUGUCUAUCGCGCCGACGAAAGGAUUACUCAACGGGCCUGGCGAAAAUAGCUGCUUCCUCAACAGUGCGGUGCAGAUUCUAUGGCACCUGGAUAUAUUUCGACGAAGUUUGAGACAACUGCCUGGACAUGUCUGUUUUGGAAAUGCUUGCAUAUUCUGUGCUCUGAAGGAUAUAUUUGUAGAAUUUCGUAACAGCAGGGAGAAAGCCCUUCCUUCUGAUGCCCUUCGUAGUGCUCUAGCUGAGAGCUUUAAAGAUGAACAUCGUUUUCAACUUGGUUUUAUGGAUGAUGCUGCAGAAUGCUUUGAGAAUAUUUUGGAGAGAAUUCACUCGCACAUGGUAUCAGACAUGGAAAUGGAUACAUGUACUGCUAAGUGUUGCAUUACCCACCAGAAGUUUGCUAUGACACUCUAUGAACAGAGUGUGUGCCACAGCUGUGGAGCUACAUCGGAUCCUUUACCUUUUACUGAGCUUGUACAUUAUGUGUCAAUAACAGCACUCUGUAACCAGGUAGAUAGGAUGUUGGAAAGAAAUGAACGCCCUAGGCCAGAAUUGUUUGCAGAGCUACUUCAAGCAGCAAGUACUGUUGGCGACUAUAGGAACUGCCCGAGUAACUGUGGACAGAAGAUAAAGAUUAGACGUGUGCUAAUGAAUUGCCCAGAGAUAGUCACCAUUGGUUUGGUCUGGGACUCUGAGAAUUCUGAUCUCACGUUGGAUGUGAUCCGAUAUUUGGCACUACAGCUCCAUCUUCCUGGACUUUUUUUCAGAGCAACUGAUGAAUUUGCUAAAAGAAGUGAAUUGUUCCUUGUUGGGAUGGUAUGCUACUCCAACAGACACUACUGUACAUUUGCCUUUCAUACUAAAAGCUCUAAGUGGAUUUUCUUUGAUGAUGCUAAUGUUAAAGAGGUCGGAUCAAAGUGGAAAGAUGUGGUCUCCAAGUGUAAUCGAGGUCACUUCCAACCUUUGCUGCUGUUUUAUGCUAAUCCCUAUGGUAUGCCAGUCAGUACCGAGGAUGCACCGAGACAAGUAUUUCAUCCUGUUCACUAUAAAUUGGAUGGAGAAGAUUCAGAAAAAGAAAUGCAAAUUUCUGCUACCAGAGUAUCUGACUACGAGAAGGUGAAUGGAGUUGAAGGACGCACCUCAAAAGCUAGGGACCUGAAACUGCCUCUGAAGCAACCAUCUAAUGCCAAAGGUGGAUUCCAGAGAGGUUACAUUCAAGAUAGUAGAGGUCGAGGUCUGAUUAAAGUGUUUCCUGAUGGCUCAUCAUUUUCGCCAAUGGACUGUUCAAAUGAACGUGCCCAAAAAUCAGGGAAUGGAAGGAAUCCUCCACAUAACCAGAAAAAAGAAAAUGAUAAGCCAAGAACUGAUUAUAUCAAACAAAGAGAUGACAGAACUUCAAAAUCUGGGGCAUCACAUUUUGGCAAUAGCACAAGACAUUUCUCGGAUCAGCAUGCACACAGUCAAGGAAAAGGAUAUUUAAGUGAAGGUAGAACGACUACACCCGUUAAGGCAAUAUCAGAUAAAUAUGCAUCUGAUUCAAUACAACAUAAAAAAAGUAUGAGCUCCACUGGAUAUGAUACUGAUACCAGUCAAGAUUCGAGGGACAGAAGCAAUAGUAGAAGUAGAAAUAAGGGUAAAGUUUGGAAACCCUCACGGGAAACACUAAAUGUGGAUAGUAUUUUUGAGGAAGAGAGCAGGAGACAAAGCAGUCCAAAGCACAAAUCAAACACAGCUCAGCAGGUGUUACAUAGAAAAGGACAGAACACCAAUGAUUUAUUGUAUGAGAAACGAAAGCACAAAGACUUAAAGACAAUAUAUGAAGAUGAAUUCAAACAAGGAAGUGCAAGUUCUUUGCUGGAAGUUGAUGGGAAAGCACAUUUAGAAAAUGAGAAAAGCACAGAUGAAAAUUUAAAAACCCAUAGCUCUGGUUAUCGAGUGCAGAAAAUGGAAUAUGGUCACGAUAGCAGCAGUUGGUUCAGUGGUGGCUCCACUAACCAUGACCCUCAAAGUAUGGAGAUCUCCAGUGGAAAGAACUUGAAGAGGAACCAAGAUGCAUUUUCCCAGAGGUCUCAAGUCAAAACUGAUAGAUUUCUUGAUCAACCCAGCAGAUUUUCAGAUAAUGAAGCCAAUCUUCAAGAAAAUGAGUACAAACCACGAGACAAGACUUUUCAUAAACCUAAUAUACAAAGAUCACAUUUUGAUAAAAGCCAAGCUUCAUCUUCACCUUCUUUUGAAAGAGCCAGAAAAGCUGCUUCCAUCCCCUCGCAAAAUCCUAGAUUCCAGGAAUCACCUGGAAUAAACUUGCAGGACAACAAGCCUUAUAAAGAUAAUGAAUAUCAUCCACAAACACAACUGAAACAAUCCUUCACAGACAAAUCUGCUCCCAAAUGUUCAGUGAACUCCAAAGUUGAUGCUAUGUCUGUGUUACCAGAUCCUUGUGAAUUUCCAUCUGAAGACUUCAAGAAGGCUUCAUUAGUUUCUAACAGAGAAAAUUAUAAUUUGCAAGACACUGAUUCCACUGUUCAUGUGUUGUCUUCCAAUUCUCAGCAAGUUGAGGUAAACACAGCAAUAUUACCUCCUGUUUCACUGGUACAUUUACAUCCAGUAGAAAGUAUGUCUGAAAAUUCUCUCUCCAAUCAACGUAUGCAGUCUGGAGGACUAAGUUCUCACCACUGUUUUGAAACAAAAGAGAAUGUCCUGGAAACUGUGCAUAACAUAAGGUCCUCACCACCACCUCUACCUCCAAAGAAGUAUAAUCGGAGAAUCCGAUCUAAUUUAGAUAGCAAUGCCUUAAAUUUUAGGCAAGUAAAUGUACUAAAGGAGCAGAAAGAGAAUCCAGUUCUGUCUGAAGUGACUGCAAAUGUAAAAUCGAGGUUUAUGGAUGCUUCAGUUGUACCUCUGAAUGAGGUGCCUCAAGCCAUUAUUCAAGAGCCAGCUUUGAGUCCUGCAGAUAUCUCUGAUCAUGAGUUCUUACAUAAUAGAGCUGCAAAUUUGCCUGAAAAAUCUGCAAAGCUUGAAGCAAAUACUGCUUCAGUAGGAUUAGCGAAGCCAGUUGCUCCGACGACUUAUUUUUCUGUGGAUGGUUGUAUGACCGAUACUUACAGAGUCAAAUAUCACGAGAGACCUAAACUCUACUUUGCGGACAUGAAAGCUAAUGAAUCUGUGUGGUGAUCCUUUUCAAGCUUUUUCUUUUUCAGCUUUUGGCUAGAUGUUUCUCCCUCAAGUGCCAUUGAAGUUAAGGCAUCCUAAUCGUAUUCCUGAAAGCAAUAAGUGAGAUAUGUAAUCACUUAAAUUAUCAUGGAACAUGAAUUUACUCACAAGUUAAGAGUGUUAUAAUUGAUGGACAAGAUGUACAAAACAAAGGACUUCAAUCAAGAUUAUCAUAAGAAUACUAAUUACAAAUAUUGUCUGGGAGAGAUAAGCUAUUAUAGGCUAUCCCCAGGUAAUGAAUACCUGACUUAUUGACAUGCUUACAUCCAAACAAACUCCCAUUCUAUUAAAUUCAGAAGUCCAAUAUAUGUAUAGUUUUUUUUUCUCUCUUCCACUUUUAGCACCUAUUCUUUCUUAAGGUCUUGUGUGUAGUUGAUGUGGAUGUAUGGUUCCAAAUUAAGUAAUUUUGUGCAUUUUCUGACUUGUGAACAAAAUCUAUUUAUGGAUUCCUGUAAAAACAGAACAGUUCAUACCCAAACUGUGUAAGUGUAUGUAUUUUCAGUGCUUCCCAGUUGUGCUGGUUCAAGUACUAUGCAUUGUGUUGUGGAAUGUCAGUCAAAAUUUGUAUUCUUCACUUUUUAUUGCUUAACUCUUUUUGUAUUAACAUUGGUGUAAAGUAUCAUUUUAACAUUUCACAUGAAACAAAUUUUAGAAAUAAUAUCAGUCCCAAAAUAUUAAUUUAAUUACUAAUUUCACAGAACGAACCAAAUAACGUUCACCUUGAGCAAAAAUUCAGCAAUAUUAAACCAAGAAAAUGAACAACUUUGUUUCAGAUUAAUAUGUAAAAAUCAAAUCUAAAUGAAAAUAAUUAUGUAGAAAUGAAAAAUUUUAUCUAUAGCUUCAACACAUAUUAAGAUGUGCCAAGCAGCUUUGCAGGAACACUACCAAACAAAAUUUGGCAUGCAAGCCAAAAGAGAAAGUUUGGUCAAAGACUUGGACUUUAAGGGAUUGUCCUAAAGGGGGAAAUGACCAGGAGGUAUGUUUAAAUAUGGUAGCUGGAUGCACCAAUCACCAGUGGACCAGUUGGAUUUGAGAAUAUUCACAAAAUUCAAGUUGUAGAAGAUGUUACUCAAUUGUAAAACUGUUAGAAAUUGUAAAUAAUGAAGACUAUUUGAAAGCUAGGAUGAAAAUGCUAACAUUGAUUUUUAUUAAUGUUUUGAAAUUAGAAAAAGUAGUUCUGAUUAAUUCAAUUAUAUUCUCAUGCUUUACAAUAAAAAUAGUUGUAUAGUGUUUCCUCUCUGUAUGUGGAAAUUAUUUCAAUAAUGAUGGAUUCCAUACCAAUGUCAUUGUUAUCAAUAGAUAUUUUUUAUUUUAUGUGAGAGAGCAAAUCAUUCCAAGCCAACUAAUACAAAAUCCAAUGAACUGUUUUUGAACCACAAGCUUAAAAACAGAACAGUACUUUUAAGCUGGGUAAUUAGAUAAGUAUUUUUGUCCUGUCAAUAUGAACUUGCAAAAUCCAGUUUUAUUCAUAAUUAUGAAAUGAGUAACUACUGAUUUUUAUUAACAAAUUUAACCAAUAUUACCAAUUUGGGUAUUUUGAAUAUUUUGAAAGUUAUCUAGUGAAGGACUGAAGGUUGAUUGUGUAGGUACCAGUGGAUAUAGAGGCCUUUCAUCACAUGAAGUUCUCCAACUAUGAAUGCUAAUAUUUUGUAAAGUUCUUUUAGAAAAUAAUUUUGUACAUUGAGAAAUUCUUUGUAGGUUGAGUUUUAAGGUACUGUUACUGACUUUUCUAAAAUAUUAUUUUUAUCUAUGUAAAUAUUUUACAGACUAACUUUAUCAAGUAUUAUUUUUUCAAUGUAUAAAGGAUAUUAAAUGUACUCUUCCAUUUUUCUGUUACUAAGCACACAUUUAUUGUAUUCAAAUUCCUUAAAGUGAUUUUGAAAAAAAACAUAUUUUAAUAUUGGAGAAAGACUAACAUUUGAUACUAUUAUUUUCAUAUGUAAAUUGUCAAAAUAAUCUUUUCCUGUGCCUUUUGAGUUUCUAAGUGUACUUGUGGGCAAAAAUCUUUUUAUGACUCCAAUAAAAAGUAAAGAUAUUUGAAUAUAUGAACAACCUUGAAUAUGGCUGUGUACUGAACUGUUAAUUUAGUUUCAAAAGUGUCUUUGCACAUUUGUAUUUUAACAGUUUCAUAAUUUUGCACAAAUACAUUAAAAGAAAGCCUUAGACAUUUUAGGAUAUUUGUGAUAAAGCAAUGUAUAUCCCAAAUAUACCUUAAUUACUUGUUUGACUGUAAAAACACUGUUAAAGUAACUUGACUCCAGUAAUUUGAUACAACCUAUGGAACAGUUAAAUACAAAGUUAAACCAAAAUGGGCAUAUGGGUAAUGUGUGGCUCAUACAAUGUGUCUAUUUAUUUUUUCUAUGUACAAAUUGGGAAUAUUUGUAAAACUGAUUUUUAUUACUUGGAUAUAUUGUGGAAUGAAUAAAUGUCUGUUUGUACAGAAUUGUUUCUGAUUAAACUUAAUUUUAAUAGGUAA